AUUAUAAAACCGAAAAAAUAAAGCUGAAAAAGUUAAGUCGGCUAGAUAUGAUUUAAUCUGGCAAAAUCACAUAAUAAUAAAUAAAUUUAAGAUUAUAUCCGAUCUAUUUUUGAAAAUUCAGUGUCUGUAUUUGAAACAAAAUACCAGAAUCCAUAUGACUGUGCAUAUGACCACUAGGCUUCUCGUAGCUAUUAUCGACUUCUUGCAAAUGAUAGGCAAGGACACUUUUGCGGCAAUUGUGAAUAAUUGCAAUUUGUGAUUGGAGGGCCUUGGAUUGGAGCAAGGAUUGGAGGGAUUGGAGCAUUGGAGUCGCUACACCAGUGAGUCGCCAUGUCCAGCGUCGGAGGCCUGCCGCCCAUGUCCGCGCCGUCCGCGGUGGCCGACGGCACGGAGGAAGUGGAGCUGGGAGACGCCUCCCCAGUGGUGGACGGAGGUGGCGGCGCCGGUCAACCGGGCUCCGACGGAUGGUCCCGGCCGACUCCGCCCUCGUCGCUGCCCGGAAUCACACCGGUCUCGUCGAACAUUCCGCUGAAUUCUCCAAGCCAUCAGCAGGUGAACCCGACGGUACAGGCCAAAAUCGAGUCCAUCAAGGCAUGGGGCAUCUCAACGUACAAGUAUUCUCGCCAGCUGAUAUCGGAGAAGCUGGGAAAAUCCUCCCGCACUGUAGAUGUUGAGCUCGACGCCCAGAUAGAGCGCUUAAGGGAGACACAGAAGGAAUACCUGAACGUGCUGAAACUGGCUCGGGCUCUCUCCUCUCACUUCUGUAACAUGCUAAACACACAGCUGCAGCUGAGCGAGCAGUUCACAGAGCUCGGACAGCACAGUCCCGAGCUGCAGGAUGAGUUUGUUUACAACGCCACCACCCAGCGGGCGCUGCAUAAGAAUGGACGCACCCUGCUGAACGCCCUUAACUUCUUCGUCUCGUCCAUCAACACACUGUGCAACAAGACCAUGGACGAUACGCUCAUCACCAUCAAACAGUACGAGAUGGCCAGGAUCGAGUAUGACGCGUACCGCGCCGACCUGGAGUGGCUGCAGCAGGGCGGCGACGCGGCUGCCGGCGCUGCCGCUAAGGUCGAGGAGGCACGACGCCUGCACGACGCCAAGAAGGCACACUACGAGAAACUGCGCGCCGAUGUGGUCAUCAAGCUGCGCUUCCUCAACGAAAAUAGGGUGAAAGUGAUGCACAAGCAGCUGGUGCUCUACCACAACGCCGUGUCUAACUACUUCACGGGCAACCAGCGCGCUCUGGAGGGCACCCUGAAGCAGUUCCACGUGAAGACGCCGUCCGCCGCCGAUCCGUCCUUCCUAGAGAAGGACUCGGCAUAAGGGCGCGGAUCUGCCUAGCCUGUCGAAUCUGAAGACAGAGUGUGAUCGGUGUCAUAGUUACGGAGUCGAUCACAGCGCCGAUCGUAAUAGACAGACCGCUGUCCCUAGCGACGGCUAGCCCGAAAGACGUGCACGAAAUAGUGCCAAGCCAGCCGAGCGCGAAACGGUCCGUGUCCGAGACUGCAGCUUCGCGGGGCUGCGCCAUCUCACGGCAUUGAGACGCUGGAGGAUUCGGGGCUGAACUCUGAAGGAAGAUGUCGGGAAUGUCUGCGCCCGGAGACGUGGGGAGGAGAUGUGCCCGGACGUGGCGAGUACGUGCCCAGGACGUGGCGACGUAGCUGCCAGGGCGUGGUAGGCCCAUUGUUUGUUUCAGCCCUGGUGGCUGUCUCAAGAAGUGAGGCUUUUGGCGGCUGCCGCGGGCGGCGCUGGACCAUGUCCCAAUGAGCUUUUCAAGACUAGUUUGAAUCAUGGAGUGCUGCAUACAAUUUUGUUUUUAAUGUUUACGAUGAACAAGAAGGGAAAUUAUUUAAUUAUUUAAAUCACAGUCAGUUAUAUGAUAUAGUUUUAGUUUGGUGUUUGCCAUCGCGCUUGUAUGCUUUGAUCCGUGGGGUUCUUUGAUCUUCUUUGGGCAUUCGUGCAAAUGUCAUCCCACCAAAUGUGUGUCUAUCUCCGGCAGCUAGCGUGCUCCUUAAGCACCUCGACAAUAUGCAUGCUGGACACCUAAACUGUCUCACGCUGGCAACUUUAGCGCUUAAGCCUUGAUAAUGAUUUGAAUAUGCUGUACGCUAGCUGAAACGUGUGUGAAGAUCAUUCCAUAACAGUCGACACUAGAUUUGAGAAUCGACUUGCAACACUGUGUUGUUGAGUGGUUAUCCGGUAAUGCACCGUGACUGACAGGCGUGUUCGCCGUUUUCCGUCACCCACCGUACGCGAGCACCCGCCGACCAAUGGCCCCCACCGUAAGGCGCUCUAAUAGCCGGGGUGCCCCGGUUGCCAUGGUAAACUGCGUGCCGUGUCGAGCUAGUCAGCUGACGCAGCUACUUCAGUAUCAGAAGUGUUUGCGUCUGUGAUAGACCCAAAUAUCGGACCGUCGGGCAUUCUCUUCCCGAAAGGGUCUUUGGUGUGUCGGUCAGACUCGUUUGGGGUUGAGUUUGGGUCUUGUUUCUCGUCACGGAAGUGAUGCACUUGAGUAAUUGGCAGCGCUUUUAUGGGAAAUACGAGAAGCAGAAUUAUGUGCAUUGGGCUUCUGUGUGAUGUUAGGGAACGGACUUGAUGGCCGUUUGCGUGCUGGGAAACGUUUGCAGUGUUCUGAUCAAAGGAAAUCCGUGCUAGUCAACCCAUCGAAUGGUUUCGCUCGAUUUGCUUUAAUUUCGCCGUGUGAUUCCGGGAUCAGAUGUUUGAGUUGCCACUGUAUUCGCCAGUAUGUGUUCUGGGAAGGCGUUCAUAUAUUCGCCGAUUGAUAAAUACAGUGGGACUACUAA